AUGUCGUCGGGUAGCACUACCGAGAUCGAGUCGGCAAUCUUCUCAGGGGGUGAGGAGGCUGUUGAGGGAUCUCGCGAACCAAAGGGUCACUCGGUCCCUCAUGAGUUUCCAGAGGGAGGCCUACGGGCCUGGCUGGUGGUCUUGGGGUGCUGGUGCACAUCUUUUGCAUCAUUUGGUUACGUGAACUCCUUUGGAGUCUACGAAACCUACUAUCUCAAGACGUUUUUGUCUGGCCACUCUCCGUCUGAUGUGGCCUGGAUUGGAGCUAUUCAGUCAUUUGCCCAGUUCUCAGCAGCUUUGGUCGCGGGCCCGCUGGCAGAUCGGUACGGAGCAAUGGUUAUUAUUUGGCCAUUCUCUUUACUCCUGGUUGUCGCCAUGAUGCUCACAAGCCUUUGUACCGAGCUCUACCAGUUCAUCCUCUGCCAGGGCAUCUUCAUCGGCAUUGCAUCCGGCCUCAUAUUUACUCCUGCAAUCUCCAUCGUGGGCCAUUAUUUCCACAGGAGGCGACCUAUUGCCAUGGCUUUUGCCACUACUGGUUCUCCCCUUGGAGGAAUCAUCUAUCCGGUGAUUAUGACCAAUCUGCUCGAAGAGAACAGUGUCGGAUUUGCCUGGGGACAGCGGAUCUGUGGUUUCUUGACUCUCUUCUUGCUGGCGAUUGCAGCCGUAGCUAUUCGGCCGACGUCUCUGAAGAGAAGUGGCGCUUUCAUUCUGCCAGAGGCCUUCAAUAUCCCCGCCUUCUCUCUCCAAGUUGCCGCGUUGUUCAUGGUCAUACUAGGACUCUGGACGCCAUACUUUUAUCUCGCCGACUACGGCACAGUACAUGGAAUGUCUCCGGGCCUUGCAUCCUAUCUGUUCGCCUUGAUCAACGCAGGAUCAUUCUUGGGCCGAGUAUUUGCUGGUUUUGUUGCCAGACAUCUCGGCCAGUUCAACGUCAUCACUGUGGCCUGUUAUGCCUCCGGAUUGCUCAUGUUUUGCUGGCUCAAGAUCACAUCUACAGCAGGACUUGUUGUGUUGUCCAUCUUGUUUGGCGCGACCAGCGGCAUCAUCAUCGCCCUCAUGUAUACCACCAUCGCACACACGGCAGAUCACCCCAGCAAGAUUGGAACUUACAUAGGCAUGUCCACAUUUCUCAUCGGCUUCGGUGCUUUGGGCGGCACUCCAAUCACUGGCGCCCUGAUCGAUAGGUACGACGGCUAUUCUCAAGGCAUCAUCUUUAGUGGUGCUGUCCUCAUGGCCGGAGCUGUGCUCUUUACCGCAGCCCGAUUUGCCUUUUCAAGAGACAAGCUUGUCGUAUAG